GCAUUAUGGCGCCUAGAAACUCGGAUAUGGGAAAGAAAGCAUGGAGUUGGGUGAAGACCACAGAGCCUGCAGACGUUACACAAGAACACGUGAUCACAGCGUACAGAAUCAAAUGGCCAGCAUGCAAGAGUGGCUUCUGCAGUAGCAAGAGGUUUGGGUGUCGAGGCAAUCCUAAUUGUAUCCAGAACAUCGGAGAGAAAUUUUGGCUGGGAGAAAUAGCAGAUGAUUUUUGGCAUGAUUUGCCGGAUCCUAGAGAGCUGAAGAGAGAGGAGAAAUCAUAUGUGGGCUUGCAAAAUCUUGGUGCAACAUGUUAUGUGAACACCUUUCUUCAGCUCUGGUUUCAUAUGCCAGCAUUCCGUUCUGCUGUUUAUUCUUGGAGACCAGAAGCUACUCAACUGUCAUCCGGCAUUGAAGAAAAGCCUGAAACAGACUCACAACCAGUUGAUCACACGGUUGACUUUGCAAUGAAUGGAUGUGAAGUUGAUGAUUUGAUGGAAGUCGUCAGCAAUGAAGCACAGCCUAGUCAGUUGGAUGUUGAAUUGCCAGAGUUUGAUUUGCCAGAGUUUAAAGGCAAUGAAUUUUCUGGUUGUUGUGAUGUUUGUGGCCAGUUGCAGCUUAUCUUCACUCUUUUACAAUAUUCAUGUCGGAGGUUCAUCAGUCCUGCUUCAUUUGUAUCUGUAUUGGGGCUGAGCAAACAUGAACAGCAGGAUGCUCAAGAGUUUUGCAAGUUGUUUUUGUCUUUAUUGGAAAGAAAACUAGCUGUGCAGAGUUCUUCUUUGGCUCAAAAUGCAGUCCAGGAGCUGUUUGGUGGACGAUACUCAUAUGUCACUACUUGUGCAGUCUGUCAAACUGAGUCAAGUAGCCCAUCAGAAUUUCUAGAACUGGACCUCAACAUUCAAGGCAAAUCAAACCUUCAAGAAUGUAUCCAAGAUUUUUUGCAGGAAGAGAAACUCGAAGGAGAAGAUCAAUACUAUUGUAGCCAGUGCUUGAGAAAACAGAAUGCUACACGGCAAAUUGCCAUGGAAUCACUUCCACCUGUUUUAAACAUGCAGCUCCUCAGAUUUGUUUUUGACAGAGCAACAUUUCGAAAAAGGAAACUGAACUCUUAUUUACAGUUUCCAGAAGAACUAGACAUGGCUCCAUAUCUGACUGGAUACGAAGGUAAUGGUAUUAUGUAUGACUUGACUGCGGUUCUCACUCAUCAUGGCCCUUCGGCACAUUCAGGCCAUUAUAUUGCAUAUAUCUACAAGAAAGAUAAUGUAAGCUGGUGGAAAUUUGAUGACAAGGAUGUUACGAAGUUGAGAAGCAAGAAGCUGCAAUUGGCUGCAGAUGAAGCUAAUUAUGAUGGAAGUAAGCCACGUAAUAAACCCAAGGUCCUACCAGGUCACCAGUUGUCAAGCAAAGCCUAUAUGCUUGUGUAUACUCGUCGAGCGGAUGAGAACCAUCAAGAUGAGGUCAGUGAUCUUUGUGAUUCUCCACCAUAUCUUCACGAAUCAGUGGCAGUUGAUAACAACUGUGUGGAAGCUGGCAUAGAAGAAAGACUGAAAGAGAUUAGAGAUUUGGGUGCAAAAUAUGGAGCUAUUCAAGAAGAAAAGCGGCAAUUGUUUGAGUCUUUGGCUUGUGUGAGAGAUGAUGAUCAGUGGGAGUGGAUGAGUUUUGACUGGCUGAAAAAUUACUUUUCUCGGAAUAAUUGUGACAAACCAGUGCCGUCUGUUGAUCUCUUGUCAGUUGUUUGUAAACAUGGCAGUUGUUUGCACAGAGCUGACCCAUUAAAGAUAGAGAAGCUGAAAAAAGUUACACUGAAAGCUGCUAAUCAAAUCUUUGAUAAAUAUGGUGGAAAUGUGAGACUUAAUGGGGAUGCUCGAUUGUGCUUGGACUGUGUGUGUGAUGAGUGCCAUAGAAUUCGGUUGAUGGAGAAGAUUACUAAUGAUCACCGAGCAAUAACAGCAAUCCUUAAAACACCAUGCACAAGUGCAUCAGGUUUUUGGGUUGGAAAGCAUUCUCUUCGCAAUUGGCGGAAAAUGCUAGAAAAGGAACUUUCUCGUGAAGGAAUUCUGUCAUCAACCGAAGAGUCUAGAGAUGACACUCAAUCACCAGAGAUUGACCAGCCGCCAGUAAAUGACGACAACUCUAUUGAUGGGAGGCAAGCAUUGGGAGAAAAUUCUGCAUCUCAAGUGUCACAGUUUGCACAAACUUCAGAUGACACAGUGAUGGAGAGAGUGGGUGGAAGCAGCGAUGAAGGCAACAGCAGCCAGGUUGAUGAGGUAGUACUAGCUAAAGAGAGCGAAAAGGACAAGAUCGUUGUUGAGAGAUUUUUCAACCAUGAAUUGUUGUGUGAAGAACACGGAAACUUCACAGCCAAUGAGUCAGAUCGACGGCUUGUUCCUUGUGAAGUUUGGUCUUGUUUGAAAGAGUACUUCCCAGAUGCUCCCGAGUUUCCUGCUUUGCAUCUUGUCUGUAAAGAAUGUGUGCAAAAAUGCCAUGCAACUGCAUUGGAGAAAGACAAAUUGAAAGAUGUAGCUGUAAAACAUAAAUCAGCUUUGUCAGAUCUCUACUAUGGCAAGAACAGACCGGACUUUAAUAACAUGAAAAUGAUUACAACAGGCAGUGAUGUUAGUUUGUAUGUGGUGUCAGAGGAUUUUUUGGAUACAUGGAGGAGAUUUGUGAGGUAUCCCUUACAAAAUGAAUGUCCACAAGUUAUUGACAAUACAAGUUUGAUAUGCCCACAUGGUGGUGUAUUGGUUGACUUUGCAGAAGAAUCAUCACUUGAUGAAAAUGACAGAUUUUGUGUUGUGACGGAAAGAGAAUGGGACAUUCUCACGUCUCUCUGUACAUCUCAGUCUCAUGCAAUUCUGCUGACUUGUGACGGCACAACGAGACAACCAGUCACAAUUCCAGAGAGCUGUUUGGCAUGUGUUGCUGCUGACAAAGACGUCAGAUCACGACUCUCUCAGAUGUUUGACAAUGAAGUUGUUUAUGUUCGAAAAAUUACUGAUAAGCAGGCAAUGGUACUUCCAGACCCUGUAGAGAGUGAAAAGGUCUCAUCUUGUCAAGAGAACUCUGAGAAUGCCAGCUAUCCUGUUUGUGUGAUUGAUGAUAAUGAUGAUGAUGAUGACGGGGAUGACAUUGCAUUGGAGAUGCAUCAGACAAAGAAAGCAAAGAUUGAUUAUCCAGUUCGUCGAAGUACUAGAAGACAUGUCACAAGAGGAGACCUCAAGAUGAACGUCAGUUCACAUAAUACUUUACGAGAACUUAAAUUGAAAAUAAUGAAUAAAUUUUGUGUGGCACCAUUUGACCAAACACUUAGUCUUAAUGGGUGCCCACUGGAAGGAGACGAUGCCACAUUGGAAGGGUUGGGAGUACGGCCAGGUGACACAAUCAUGCUCAAGGAAGAUGAAGUAGUUGAGGAUGAGUCACUAUUCCAAGUUUUACCAGCUUGUCCUGCUCCAGAGGAAGGUUUUAAAGGGACUGGUCUAGUUGGUGUAUAGUCGAAGUGUUUGGCAUUUGACUGAGAAUGAUGAAGAAAAUGUAACUGUUGUAUAGGCAUUGUAUUCACAUAUGAUUUGCUAUUGACUUGGUAUAUUGGGGUCAAGUCCAUAGCUAGGUUUGUUGCUGAUUAUAUUAGCUAGUGAAUUAAAAUGCUGGGAUAGACAAUUGGUUAGCAUUCUAUAGUAUUGAAUCUAGCGCUAUGCAAUAGGAAAAUACUACACAGUAGGAGUCA